AUGACUACGGGACUGUUACCAUCGUCACCGACUUUUCCCGAGACACACGACAGUUCUUCUUCUCUUGAUACUGGGUCCACUUCUUCUUACUUACACAAUGACUGUCUCAAAUAUCAUUCUUCCUUAGAUACGGUUCAUGCAAAAAUAUAUCGGUACAACAGUUUCCCAGAGCUAAUUCAACAUUUAAAGAUUACACUAAGAAUUAAUUUACCUCGUAUCGACUACCCAUCUAAUGAGAUUCUUUUGAUGAUCCUAUCCGGGACACAGUUGAACCAUAUAGAGGAAAAAUCUUCAAACGGCCUACUUAAUUUGUCAGUACCUUGUAUUGAAUAUUUGAAUCAGAUGUUUGACAUUUUUGAAAACCCUUCAAUAUUCAAUGAUGCUGAUCAACAAAGGAUUUAUGAUGAAGAGGUCCUAAACUUAUAUCGAAAGCUUGUGACUUUGUUUUCAUUCCUCAAACCUCCAAUAGAUUCGAGACGCUCUAAAAGAAAGAAAAACAUUCUUAACAAUACACCCCAAGUUCUGUCUUUAGAUGAUUCUUUGCUUGACUAUUCAAUGGAAGAAAACAUGAAUACCCUGGAGCAUGAAUUGCGAAAUGACAAAAUGCAGUCUCUUUUUGAAAUCUCAACAACAUCAGAUAAAUUCAACAAUGCAGAUACCUUCUUUGGCAUCAAAUAUUUACCCGAGGUCGAAAGGAAUCUAUGGAAUUACUUCAUAUUUGCUUUUAGUACUGUCAGCAAACUAACCGAAAUUGAAAGAGUUGAUUCGUAUGAAAGCUACACGGAAACAUGGGUUCGUUGGCGUGAAUUUUUAAACAUAAUACUUCGAUUUAUGGAACUAGAGUUAAAGAAAAGCGCUGAUAUUACAAAUUCUUUACUUGUGUUGAACCUAAUAAAUAUAUCCGGAUGUACUGAUUUUUCUGAGAUGGAACAAGAUCAGAUUCUUGAUUCCUUACUUACAUUUUGUGACUACGUUUUUACAAAAUCACGGUCAUCGUGCAGCAUUUCAUCCAUAAUUCCAUUAGAUUUGACGCUAAGUCAGAAAUAUAAUUUUUCCAAUAACCCACCAAUGUUCGAGUAUAAAUUCCAAGGCUCAGGGAUAGGCUUGGAUUCACUUCCUACUCGUUCCAGGUUACUACGAAUAUGUUGGAAAUAUCUAUCAUACCUUCCUAUCGAUGGUACAGUAAAAUCAAAAAUUUGCGGCAAGGUUGCUAGAAAAUCAUUUCGACUCAACCCAAGGGAGUUAUUGGCCUUUUUUUCGGAUAGCUAUUUCACACUAGAUACUAAGCUUGUUGAUAAUGAUUUUUUUUUCAUCGUGUCAUUUCAUGUGAUGCGUCUUAUUUCAAGAAGUUGGAGCAUUACACCUGAGGUUUGUUUGAGGGAUUAUAAGGCCUACUUUGGACAGCUAAAAAUUUUGUUUAAAUCAGCACAAAGCAACUCAGAUCAAGCAUUGAAGGCUAAGCUAGUAAAAGGGGGAGAAGAUUUUUCUUCACUAAAUUCGUCCAAUGAAAUUCUGGAGAAAUGCUAUAUUCUUGCUAGGUAUCAGCUAAAAGUACUUUUGCAGUCUAUUAAGCUAGAGGAUGGCGAAAUGCAAAUACUAGAUGAAAUUUCUUUCACUGUUGGUAGUACGAAUAUAUUCCUAGGAGAAUUAGCAAGAAGGAUAUAUUCAAACUGA